GAAAAGAGUUUGAACAUUUUGGAAGGCAAAGUCUGUAAAGGCUCACGGACAAACCAACUUUGGGUGUGUGCAAGACCUUGAAAUUUUACAUCAGAAAGUGAAGACGGUCAUUCUUUCAGGGAUGGAGAACAUUAACCUGUAUGAGGAGAUGGGAAGAAACUACACCUCUAUUGUCUAUAAAGGAAGAAGGAUGGGCACUCUAAACUACGUCGCUCUCAAAUGCAUUGACAAAUCGAAGAGACCUGAAGUCACAAACCAUAUGGAUAACUUCAUCCUGUAUGAGGAGCUAGGAAGCGGCUCUACGUCUGUUGUCUACAAAGGACGGAGAAAGGGACAUCUGAACUAUGUAGCCCUCAAAUGCAGUGACAAAGCCAAGAGACCUGAGAUCACAAACCAUGUUCGUCUUAGCCAAGAGGUGGAUCAUCCCAACAUUGUACACUUUUACGAAUGGUACGAAACCAAAAAGCACUUGUGGUUAGUGACUGAGAUCUGCACAGGUGGUUCCUUGGAGUCUGUGAUAAAGCGGGAUGGAUGUCUUCCAGAGGAUGUGGUCAGAAAGUUUGGAUGGGACCUGGUCAAAGGACUGACCCACAUCUACGAGUUAGGAAUAAUUUUUUCUGACUUGACACCUACUAAGGUCCUGGUAGACAGUAGUGGCAUGUUAAAGUUAGGUAACUUCUGUCAUUCCAAGACUGAGAAAGAAACUCUUAAAGAUUUCUUCUCAUUGUGUUGUGAAGAUGCAAAGGAUGAAAAAUAUGAUGAUAUGAUGAAAAAAAGGAUUCAAGGUUCAACAACGUACAAGGCCCCAGAGGUUCGACAAGGGGCAGAAACUACUGUGAAAUCUGAUCUGUGGGCUCUUGGUUGUAUCCUCUACUACAUGUACACUGGUGAGCCAUUCUCCUUUGAUAACUACAGAGAACUCUCUGGAAUAAAUUUAGAUCAGCAACCAUCAUCAUCUGUGCAGACAGUGUCUCCAACCAGUUCUCCCACCCAGGACUUUCAAAAUCUUCUGAGAGGUUUACUCACCAGAAACCCAGAUGAGAGAAUGAACUUGUCAGAUUUACUCAAUCACCAUUUCUGGACUCAAGGACUGAAUGAGGAAGAUGACUUAGAGGAAAUAGAAGAAACAGGAGACGAAGAAGAGCUCUGUGCAAAGACAAUAAAAGACAGACAGAUGGACAGUGUUGUUUCAAAUAGUUGGGAGUGUGUAUUAUGGUGCACUUCUUGUGCAAAAGCGCUUCUGCAGACUGAAUCAGACCAUACUCUCACCCCAGUCCUAGACAACCCAAAGAUUCUUAAGAGUCCGUCUGUUCGAUUUCAUUCUAAAACGUUGGUGUAUCAGCAUGUACAGACGGACACGCCCAGCAGAGGACAAGGCACGGGAGAAGCAGGGGACAGCCCCCAAGUCACACCCCACGCGGGCAGAAAGGCUCUCAGCAACUGGACGGGAGGACCGCCCCCAACCCCUCAACAGCAACCGGGCACGGGGUCCAUGGGAACCACCAAAUCACCUGCACUCAGUUCAUCCCUUGAAGGACGACAGAAAACUUCUGCUCCUGCCUCCACAGCAACUCACUCUUCACUGAACCUCUUGUACUACCUCUGAUGUGUGGUUAAACACAAAGAUGUUCCCAACAGGCUAAUUAACUCAAAAGCGGUGGUGUCGAUGCUAUCACACCUGUUGAGAGAUAACCUAAAGAAAAGUCAAGUAGAGGUUCUGCUGCCACCACUUGGAGAAUUCUUCAACCUGAUUGCUUCUCAGGAGGAGAAGAGAGACUCCCCAGAGGGCCUGUGGUUCCUUCCCGCUGCCGCCUACACUGGCUUAAUGAGGAGCCUGCGGGAAGGGAAUGAUUCCAUAGUUCAUCACAUGGCUGCAAAAACCAUUGGAUCAACAGUCAUUGGGCUGUCACACUCCCUAAUGACCAGUGAGAUGGGUUGUGCUCUGUGGCACAUGUUCACUCACUCCAAUGUUGGGGCUGUCCGAGUUACCCCCCUAUCGGCGCUCUGUAGGCUAACUCAGAAGGGCCCUUCAGUCUUUUUGGCAGUGAUGGAGACCUGCGGACCCGCAUCCAUAUUGGAGGCAGCGGGUGGGGCAGGGCAGAGGGUCCAGCAGCACCUGCUCACUGUAAUGUUACAUUUCAUGUUUGUGCGUCACAGACUCGUGAUGUACCUGGAGAGAGAUUAACGCAAAACCAGAGCGCUUAGAAAUCACCUCAGCCAAUCAGCAUUCCUGUUACAAUGUCUGGACGUAUUGUCAUAUUAUCUGAGUAGUACUGCACCACUUAUUCUGGAGGACAUUUUGUGUGCAUUGAGAGGCAUCAUUGGAAGGAGACAUCCUUCCCUAUCUCAGAGCAAACAGCUUAAAUGCACAUUGUUGACUUCUUUCAUCCCAGCCAAGAUCAAGUCUUUCCUCUCCCCCAGUGUUCUACGGAGGGUUGUGUUGAUGCUCUUCUUCUCUAGACUGGACUAUCACAAUGCCCUUUAUGCUGGGGUCACCGACAAGACCAUCCAUAGCAUGCAGCUAGUACAAAAUGCAGCUGCCAGGCUGCGCUCAAUGGUCUCGCCCCAGCUUACAUUAAAGAUCUCCUGGACCAACCCCACCAGCUCCAGGCUUGGUCGUUGCCUUAGAUCGGACAACCAGAAGACCCUGAAGGUCCCACGAGAAAACACAGGUGGUGCAACAGGUGCAACAAUGUGUGACUAGUAGAUUAAGACAACAUUGUCCAUUGUUGAGGUGCUGAGUCAGCACCAUGUUCUCAUUAGUCCGUAUUGACGCACUGUUGUUUAUUCCGUCCUGCGUCCUCUGACAAUGCUGGUUUUCAGUAGAAAUGCUGAGUGCUCUGCGUUUGCUUUGAGGAUUCAAUCAGAGCUCAGUCUGAUCCUUCUGGUCCAUGAGGAUGAUAGUGAAGAUAAUGUGGAGAACAUUGAAAAAAGUAUAUAUCUUCUACAAGUAGCAGAGCCCAUCUCACUUUACACACUCAAACUGCUGGUAUCCAUGACGGAACUCAACACACAGAUGUGCAGGUUGAUCAAUCACAGCAGAGUCCUUCUGACAGUGUUCCAGCUCAUAAUAACAACGGUAAUACAACUGGAGUCAGAACACCAAGAAGGCCUGACUGCGGUUGUCGUGAGCGCCCUCUCAGACGCUGCAGUGAUGCACUUGGAUGGAGAAGCUGCCGGGCCCAAUGUCAGCCAUCUUGUUUUGCCAGCCCUGCUGGAAGUCCUCCACAACAUCUUGGAUCAGACGGCAAAUGCUGUGCGCUCAGCACUGCAGAGCCAGAGGCUAUCUUGUCCAUCGGCAGAGACGGAUGAGGCAGAGAAGCUCAGACCACUGAGCCAACUCAGCACGCACCUCGUCCACAUGUUGUCCACUGAGAGCCAGGAAUUGAGGGAGGAGUCUAUUCAGCAUCUGUCACUGCUGGUCCGAUUGUACAGAGGAAGUCAUGACCGCCUGUCAGCUUCCUGUUGACGCAGCUUCUCCCAUGUUCUUUGCGCCAACGUUUAAAACAGGCCUCUCCAAAGUCAGCGCACAUCACUUAAGAUAAUCAAACAGCUGAUCAGCAGGUACGAGAAGGUAACAAAAGUUGCUUUUGCAUAA